AUGGCAUACAUAAGUACAAGUCCAAAUAAACGUACUACUACAAGCUCGGGUAGUUCGCGCGGUAGUUUUCAACAUCAACAACAACAACAACUACCAACAACAUAUGUACAAUCAUCAGAUCAACAUAUUUAUGAAGAUCAACCAUAUUAUUCCAAUGAACAAAUCUUUCCUAGACAAAGUGCCAGUCCUGAAAAUCGAAGAGCUGGAGGGGUACAAUAUCGUGUCAAAAUGAAUGUGACUUAUAACAAUGGUGACGGUGACUAUAAUCGAUCAUUAAAUACAAAUCCAAAAGUUAGUAAUGGUCAUUCAUCGUAUCAAUAUAAUUCACAUAGUAUCGGUCAAGAUCAAUUUCCAUGUUCGAAUUGUGAUCGAAAUUUAUCUGGUUCAAGAUAUAUUUUAAAAGAUGAACGUCCAUAUUGUAUUAAAUGUUAUGAAGAUCGUUUUGCUAAUACGUGUGAAGAAUGUCGAAAAAAAAUUGGUACUGAUUCAAAAGAUCUUUCAUAUAAAGAUCGUCAUUGGCAUGAAAAAUGUUUUUUUUGUUCAAUGUGUCGAACACCACUUGUUGAUAAGCCAUUUGGUUGUAAAAAUGAACAACUUUUUUGUGGUGAAUGUUAUAAUCAACAAUUUGCUUCACGUUGUGAUAAAUGUCAUCAAAUAUUUAAGCCAGGUAGUAAAAAACUUGAAUAUCGUGGACAACAAUUUCAUGAACAUUGUUUUACUUGUCAAUCAUGUUCACAACCUAUUGGAACAAAAAGUUUUAUUCCAAAAGAUCAAAAAAGUUUUUGUGUUCCAUGUUAUGAAGAAAAUUUUGCAACAAAAUGCACACGUUGUCAUAAGGUAAUAAAUCAAGGUGGUGUAACAUAUAAAAAUCAACCAUGGCAUCGUGAAUGUUUUACAUGUACAAAUUGUAAAAAUUCUUUAGCUGGCCAACGAUUUACAUCACGAGAUGAUCAUCCAUAUUGUGCUGAUUGUUUUGCUCGACUUUUUGCUAAAAAAUGUUUUGCAUGCAAUAAACCAAUAACUGGUGCUGGUGGUACACGUUAUAUAUCAUUUGAAGAUCGUCAUUGGCAUAAUGAUUGUUUUGUAUGUCAACGUUGUCGAUCAUCACUUGUUGGGCGAGGUUUUCUUACUGAAGGAUCUGAUAUUGUUUGUCCUGAUUGUGGUAAACGUACACAAUAUCAUGAAACAGAAAAUAAUACUUUUACUAGUGGACAUCGUAAUGUUGUUAGUUAUCAUCAUAGAACAAGUUAA